UGCGAGCUGGCGGUGGGGGGCGGGGCGGGGCCGGGGCGGGUCCCCGGGACCUUAAAUGGGCGCCCGGAGGCCCGGCCUAGCUCCGCAGACUCUGGGCCCGCUCCGGCUGACCGCUGUUGGCGCAGCUGCCCCCUCCGCAGGUUUUUGAAACAUGAAUCCUUCGCUCCUCCUGACUGCCCUUUGCAUGGGAAUAGCCUCGGCUGCUCCAAAACUCGAUCCCAGAGCAGACGCACAGUGGAACCAGUGGAAGGCAACACACGGGAAACGCUAUAAUAAGAAUGAAGAAGGAUGGAGGAGAGCGGUGUGGGAGAAGAACAUGAAAAUGAUCGAACUGCACAACCAGGAACACGGCCAAGGGAGACAUAACUUCACCAUGGCCAUGAAUGCCUUUGGCGACAUGACCAGUGAGGAGUUCAGGCAGGCGAGGAAUGGUUUUCAAAACCAGAAGCACAAGAAGAGGGAAAUGUUCCAAGAACCUGCCUUAGCCGAGGUGCCCCGAUCUGUGGACUGGAGAGAGAACGGCUGGGUCACGCCUGUGAAGGACCAGGGUCAGUGUGGUUCUUGUUGGGCUUUUAGUGCAACUGGAUCCCUUGAAGGACAGAUGUUCCGGAAAACUGGCAAACUUAUCUCGCUGAGUGAGCAGAACCUGGUGGACUGCUCUCGCGAUCAGGGCAAUGAGGGCUGCAGUGGUGGCCUCAUGGAUAAUGCCUUCCAGUACGUCAAGGACAACCAAGGCCUGGACACAGAGGAAUCCUACCCAUAUUGUGGAAUGGAUGACACUUGCAAAUACAAGCCUGAGUUUUCUGCUGCCAAUGACACUGGCUUCGUGGACAUUCGUAAGAACGAGAGGUCCCUUAUGAAAGCAGUGGCCAGUGUGGGGCCCAUUUCCGUGGCUAUCGAUGCAAGCCUUGCAUCCUUCCAGUUCUAUGAAAAAGGCAUUUAUUAUGAUCCGGACUGCAGCAGCGAGGACCUGGAUCAUGGUGUUCUGGUGGUUGGCUAUGGCUUUGAAGGAGGAGAAUUGGAUAACAAUAAAUAUUGGAUUGUCAAGAACAGCUGGGGCACAAAGUGGGGCACGCAUGGCUACAUAAAGAUGGCCAAGGACCAGGAUAACCACUGUGGGAUCGCCUCCAUGGCCAGCUACCCUACUGUGUGAGACGGUGGUGACUGAGAUGUGAUGAAGAACAGAAUAACCAGAGGAUGAAUAUGAUCUCAAAACUCGUCAGAACCCUGGCCGAUGUGGGUCAGUGGUUAGAGUGUCAGCCCAAGCAACCGAGGGCCUUGGGCUCAGUUUCCAGUCAAGGGCAUAUACUUGGAUUGUUGGUUUGAUCCAGACCCCCGUGAGGGCCUGUGUGGGAGGCAACCAAUCAACAUCUCUCUCACAUCGAUGUUUCUUUCUUCCUCUACACUCUCUCUCUACCUCUCUCUUGUCCAUUCUCUCUCUAAAAAUAAAUAAAUAAAUAAAUAAAUAAAUAGGAAAAAAAAUCCUCAGGUGGGAAUUAUCAACAACAAAACAAACAAACAAAAAACCAAAACCCUGCUCAGACCUGUGGGAUAAAACAGUUGAGUCUUUGAAUAUCCAAGCUGUGAUUUGAAUUCUGCAACAUUUUACACUGGCAAAAUGUUUCACUUCUUUAAUUAUUGUGUUAACAGUUUGUAUGAUUGACUUGCCUAAUAACUUUUGCAUUUUUAUGUUUUAAAAGAAUGUACACCUUUUUAUCUUUUAAAAUAAAACUUAAUUUUGAAAUAGA